AACUAGCGUGUUCACAUAAUGUAUUCAGGCACUUUCUGGGAACCCUACUCGAUCUUCGUCAAGCUGUUUAAGGACCACAGGAUGUCCAUGCUUGCUGAGCCCCGGAGGAAACAGAAGUGGUCUGUUGACCCCAGGAACAGCGCCUGGAGUAAAGAUGACUCCAAGUUUGGCCAGAAGAUGCUGGAGCGAAUGGGCUGGUCCAAAGGCAAGGGCCUGGGCAGAAGUGAGCAAGGCUCCACUGACCAUAUCAAAGUAAAAGUUAAAAACAACAACUAUGGUCUUGGAACCAGUGCCAGCUAUGAGGAUAACUGGAUCGCCCACCAGGAUGAUUUCAAUGAGCUUCUUGCUCAGCUGAACAACUGCCAUGGUCAAAACAACCAACAACCCAGCACUGAAGCUCCACCAGAGGAGCAGAAAGGAUUCAGCUUGGAGGAGAAGUCCAAGACAUCCAGAAAGAGGGUCCAUUACAUGAAGUUCACAAAAGGGAAGGAUCUGUCCUCCCGUACUGAAACAGACCUUAACUGUAUAUUUGGGAAGAGAGGAAGAUCUGCGAACGACCAAGAGCAGGAGAGCAACAGCAGUGAUUCCCAGGGGGAGCCACAGGAGGGUUUUACUCCUGCUACUUCUGAGCUGGAUACAGAGUCCAUCACCAAGACUGUGAAAAGUACUCUCAAUAUGCAGGAGUAUUUCGCACAGCGAAUGGCUCAGUUGAAGAAGGCUCGUGGACAGGCCCAUAGUACAGCACCCUCAGUGGAGGCAGAGGCCAGUGAGACAUCAAGUCCAUCCAAAGAACUCAGUCCCAUCCGCAGCAGCAACCAUGACUCAGAAGAGCCUAAAAAGAAAAAGAAGAACAAAAAGUCUGCAUAUAAGCUGGAAGUGGCAGAAGAGAACGAUACCGCUCCCAUUCUAAUAGAGGACGAUGAUGACCAACAGCUGGAGCGUCCGGGGAAAAAGACGAGAAAGAGGAAAGUGGUUGAAAACGAAGGAGACCAGAACUGCAAGGAGCUGCCUCUGUCCAAGAAGAAGGUUAAAAAACACAAUAAGGAAACUGAGCUACUAAACGGACAUGGGCCAACUGAGGACCAAAAUGUUGAAUCUGAGGUUGGUCAGAAAAAGAAGAAGAAACAGCGAAAGGAGGUGGACGAUGUAGUAAAAGAGGAGAAAGAGCAGCUGGUUGGGAAGAAAUCUAAGAAGGACAAAAAAAAGAAAAAGAAACAUCAAGAAUAGGGUGGAGUUAAUAUCAUUGGGCCUCUAAUCACAUCAGUCCUUUAGCCUUCAGGGGGACGUGGUACUCCCAUAAACAUGAUCAUGGGGGCCACACAUGAAUUGAUUAAUUGCCUUCAUGAGCAAAUCAAAUGUCUUAUGUAUAUAUAAGAUCUAAUAACCUGUUCAGAGGAGAAAAGGGAGGUUAGACAUUUGAUCACAUUAAAAGCCUUGACGCUACUGUUGGCCACUGGGAUGCAUUGAUGCAACAGAUGUUAACAUACCUCGAGUUAAAGGAAGUUUGACAUUUUGGGUAAUACUCCUAUUUUUAAUCAAACAUGACAUCACGUGUUAAUUAGUGAGCUUUAGAGGUGGUGCCCCCCACCCCCCCACGUGAGAGUGGUAUCAAUCUACUCAUCCAACUCUGAGUAAAGAAGAAAAUAUGCACAUGUUGAACUAUGCCUUUAAUCUAGUAGAUCAGUUUCUCUAUAUAUUACUCCACAAUCUGUAAAAUGUAUUAAUACAGACAUCAGAAGUUGACAUACUUUUUUAAAUGAGCUUUUGUGUCCAUCAAAUUUACAAAUAAUUAGAGCUGGCAUGUGUCUAAAUGUGAAUAAAAGUGGUCCAAAUUCCAAAAUACUACCAAACCAUUUAAGACAUAUGGGUUAUUUUAUGUUAUGCAAACAAUAUAUCUAUAUGUGUUUUACUACUUUUGUGUCUUACCAUCUAAUAUGCAUCAGCGUUACUAAUUAUUUAAGUAGAAUUUCAUAGUGGAUUUUAUUAUUUUGCCAGCAGUUAGUGUUGACCAUCUUUGUCCAAUUCUUUGGACAAUAGAUAUUUCCUUGUGAAAUUAAGCCCUUAAUUUUUUUGUUCUUUGUAAAAACAGAAGCAUUCAGAAAUUAAUAGUCUUUUUGAUGUUAUAUGACUUUACAAAUCUGAAUGGAAGCACUCUGGUGAUGUUUUGCUGGAAAACUUUUGUCUGACACAUUCAUGAGCUGUAAGAAAACAGGAAAAUGUUGGUGCUUUAACAGGAUCAGAUCACUUUUUGAAUAAAUCCAAAUAGCCAUG